AUGAGCUGGUUGUUGAGCUUGGUUGUCUUCCCCUUUGCUCUGGAGCAGGCUGGUGCACGUAUCAGAUCUCCUCAAUGCCCUACAAGCGAAUACCUUAGACAUUACAAACUCGAACGUUUGCAGCUUUUGAGCGAAAGUCACGCAAAUCCCUCGAGGAAGCAUGAUUCCCGGAGUCGUCUUUCCGUCCACACUACAUGGCUGUUGAACUUUGACUUCGUGAAGAGCUCAAAAUACGGAGAUGUUGCAACCAGGUUCGUACAUGCAUCUGCAUUCCUUAAUCCAGAUGAAAUCCAUGAAGGACUUAUAAAUGCGGAGCUCUCGUCUCCUGACGUCCCAGAUGCCGGAAAGAAAAGGGAACUUCCCCUGACGAAUAGCCAAAUAGUAGAAGUUUUGAUCAAGUUUUCACUUUUCCAGAGGAAGUCUGUUGGAUGCACGAGGCUACAUCGCGUGCUGCAGCAAGUUAUUCGUGGUACAAUAGCCUUAGGAGAAAUCGCAAAGGCAAUGUGUACAACAUUUAAGUUGCGGAAGAAUGCCGCUCUGUCAGCUGGUGAAUCAGCAACACAUUGUCCGUUUUCUCCAUUAUUCGUCAUUGGUUGA